GUGGUGAAUUCCGGCCAUUGAUUGACAAAACUCGUCUAAGUAGGAAAGAAGUCAUUCCUUUUCAGUAACAAAAGGGUUUUUUUUUUCUCAAGAAGACUCCUGUAGGAAAAUGGAAACUGAGCAAAAUGAAAACAAAGUAUUUUUUUGUGAUCUGGGAAUUGUGAAAGAGGAACAAAGUGUUGAAGAUGUGAAACCAGAAACAGUCCAGUAUAUUAUCAAGGAAGUCAAGGAGAAGAAACAUAAAUGCACCAUUUGUGGAAAGGGCUUCAUAAAGCCCUAUGACCUCAAGGAACACAUGCUAAUCCAUGAAGGUGUUAAAAAUUUCAAAUGUCCCCAGUGUCCAAAGGCUUUUGCAACUAAAAGGAAUUUGAAUAAACAUUUACCUGGUCAUUCGGAGGAAAUUCUUCCCUGUAAUCUCUGUAGUAGGACAUAUACAAACAAAAAUUCUCUUCAGAGACAUAUUCGAAAACAUUCCAAAGAUCCCCUAAAUAAGACAAUGUACCACUGUGACCAUUGCGAGAAGUCUUUUACCACUAGCCACGCAAAGGAGAGGCACAUCCAAAGAAUUCACUUUGGGAAAACUAUCGAUGAACUGACUCAAGGGAAGUAUACUUGUGGCGUGUGCGGAAGAGCAUCUUGGAAUCAAUUUGCUUAUGAACGCCAUAUGACGAUUCAUAGCGAUGCUAAGGACUUUGAGUGUCCUCAGUGCUCUAAAAAAUUUAAAAAUAAAGUCAGCUUAGAUAAGCAUAUAAAUGUCCAUAGAUCUGAUAAACCAUUUAUCUGCAAUAUAUGCAGCAUGGCAUUUAAGAGGAAGGAUUACUUAAACAUCCACCUUUCGAGGCACGCACAGAGUCAAGUAAAUUGCCCCUAUUGCCCUAAAGUAUAUUCAGACAAAGAAGUACUUAGACAUCAUGUUAAGAACAUCCACAGAGGCCUCCCAUUGACAAUCAAAGAUGGACCUAUUCAUUGCAAAGUUUGCGACGAAAUAUUUGCAGAUAUUGAGGCUCUCAAGGUGCACGUUAAAAUACAUCCAAAUAAAAGGUGUUAUCAUUGUGCCCAUUGUGGAAAGGAAUUUAAGGUGAAAGAAAGUCUUAGGUUCCAUAUUCAAUCAAUUCAUCUUAAAUACAAAAUCAUAUCUCAACAAACCAAGGUAUACACUUGUCCCCAUUGCAACAAAAAAUGCCUCCGGAAGUAUCACUACGAGCGUCAUUUGGCUGUUCACAGCAACAAACAACCAUUUCAGUGCACAAUUUGUGCAGUGAAAUUUAAGUUAAAAGACGAUUUGGUGAAGCAUUUGCGAAAACACGAACAAGACAAAAACUCUUUGUUUUGUGGUAUAUGCAAAGAAAAGUUCUACGGACAGGAAUUCCUAGAGGAGCAUAUGCGAGAGCUUCAUGCGAAUCUACCACGGCAGUCCACUUCAAUUGAGAUUGAACCUAGUCCAGCAACGAUAAAAACCGAAAUUAUGGAUAUUGAUUUAGAUUUAGAUAUUGAAAUAAAAACUGAGAGGAUUGAGAAUAUUGAAGUGAAAGAAGAAAUAUAAAAUAAAUUAGCAAAGAAACAUUUUCAACAAUGCA